AUGAGGAGCGGAGGGAGAUUCGUGCGCUCUUCCCAUGCCCGACCGGAAGUGUUGCCAUGCCAUGGGAGCGACUCGUUCGGCCCAGCUACAGGAAUCACCGGGAAACUGGACUUUGGGUACCCGGCCAGCUUGAUGAGGCACUGCAUGGUUGUUUCGGCCAAAUUAAUACGACUUGGAUGUGGAGCUUCCUUUUGUCCAAAACUUUAUGGAAACUAUGAUGGAGUUUUUGUCGUAUGCGACUAUGCACCAGGAAUGGCAAACUUUAUUGGCUCCACUGCUUUCUGCCAUAGACAAGCUGGAGCUCUCUUUCGUUCAUAG